GUACUGUGGUGUUAUCAUGUGAAGUGCUCCGGGAGUGAUGGUAUUUCGUUGCUUCUCAACAGAAGUCCUCGCUAGAUAAGACGGCAACGCCGUGUUUCGCUCCAGAGAGCCACCGCCCACUAGAAGUAUAUGAUAAUGGAGUGCAGACAUUGUAACGAGAAAUUCGAGCGGGAUAGUGCCGAAUUCGCGGACCAUUGCGACAACCACGCCAAGAUUCAGGUUCAGCUCGGGCGGACGGGCAAACGCACCUACGGUGCGAGGUACACAGAAAGCGAGUCGGCCAAGGACAAAGAGCCCAAGCCCGAGCCCAAGAGGCCGGAGCACCCAAGGGCGCAACAAACAGCCCUCCCAGUGCGGAGCAAGCCUGCGUCUACGUUUGCGUCUACCACACCUGCAGCAAGCUCUCCCAAGAGUCCCAACAAGACUGUGCUCGAGCGAGUCCAAAGCAUCAUCGACAGGUUCGAGCCCUACGAAGAUGGAGUCGAAAGCAAGACACAGCGGCCUGCUGAACUGCCGUGCCCGGAUUGUGAUUUCAAGCUCCGAGAUAAGAAAGAACUCGAUCACCACUUCCUUUCGGUGUACUGCCGCGGGAGCCACAUCGUUCAGUAUGCGCUACAGAUCGACAAGACGAAGCCACGGGGCUAUUUUGUGGAAGAGUUGCUUGUUCCGUAUGACGAGCACGCGCAUCCCUCCGAGUUCCAGUGCCGCAAGUGCGGGAACACAUUCCCAUCGCUGAGAGCGAUGCAGGAGCAUGAAGCGACUCACCCCAUCUUGCCGCAGAUAUGUCUACACUGCGCUAAGGUGUUUGGCACCGCGUACGAACUGGAAGACCAUUACGACUGGCAUGAUGACAUGGAGUACCGGCAGAGGGUGGACAAGCUUCCCGCCGAGCCUGCAGUUGCCGAUGAUCUAGACGAAGAGGAAGGGGAUAUUGUCCCCGCCGAUGUCACAGACUUCGGGCGUGGUAUCCAGAAGAUCCCUUUUACUCAUCUUGUCGGGAAGAAAGCCCCUGGCCUGCCAAAAGACGGCACACUAGCCGGCAUUAGCUCAAUCAGCAAAGAGGAUGUGGAGAUGCGUGAGUACACUGUAAUUGUUUUGCUCCCCACGGCCGCCUAGUCAAACCACUCACUCACUAUUACACGAUGCCGGCCUACAUGACAGAUGACGAAAUGGACAGGAUCCUAGCACAACAUGAUGCCAACCCCAACCG